UUGAGCAAAUCAGAAGCAUCAUAAGCCCAGCAAGGCCGGAAAUGCCUCCAAAGAGCACAGUUGCCGCCACCUCCACCGCCACUAAAAUAACCACUCUCCCAUGCUCAAUCGCUUCUCUGUUUCUCACUUUUAUUCUCGUUUCCCUGAUCACCCUUUCCCUUUUCUUGCUAUUCUCCAACCCAAGUCCAUCUUUUUCGAAUCCUGAAAACACUCUUCAAGCCUCCCAAGAUCCCCUCAAAGUCUACUUAGCGGACCUUCCUAGAUCCCUCAACUACGACCUCCUAGACCAGUAUUGGUCGUCCUCUGUACCCGACUCCCGCAUUAGCUCUGACCCGGAUCACCUCCAGAUUCAUAGGCACAAAAACUCCAAAUUCCCUCCAUAUCCUGAGAAUCCAUUGAUCAAGCAGUACAGUGCGGAGUACUGGAUCACGGGGGACCUGAUGACCCCGGAGAAUUUGAGGACUCAAUCAUUUGCGAAAAGGGUAGUUGAUGUUAAUCAGGCCGAUGUCGUUUUUGUACCGUUUUUCGCUACAUUGAGUGCGGAGAUUGAGCUUGGGAAAGGGAAGGGUACGUUUCGGAAGAAGGAAGGCAAUGAGGAUUACAAAAGGCAGAAGGAGGUGAUUGAGUUUGUGAAGAAUUCCGAUGCCUGGAAACGGUCUGGUGGUAGAGAUCAUGUUUUUGUUCUCACAGACCCUGUUGCAAUGUGGCAUGUGAGAGCCGAGAUAGCGCCCGCGAUUCUUCUAGUGGUUGAUUUCGGUGGAUGGUAUAGGCUUGACUCAAAAUCAUCCAAUGGUAGUUCCUCAGAUAUGAUACAACACACUCAAGUUUCAUUGGUGAAAGAUAUAAUUGUUCCAUACACACAUUUGCUUCCUAGAUUGCACUUAUCAAAGAACAAGAAGCGUCACAUGCUUCUUUAUUUUAAAGGAGCCAAACAUAGGCACCGGGGAGGUGUAGUUCGAGAAAAGUUGUGGGACUUGUUGGUUAAUGAACCUGGGAUUAUUAUGGAAGAAGGCUUCCCCAAUGCCACUGGGAGAGAGCAAUCAAUUAGAGGGAUGAGAACAUCAGAGUUCUGCUUGCACCCAGCCGGGGAUACCCCCACUUCUUGUCGACUUUUUGAUGCCAUCCAAAGUCUCUGUAUACCUGUUAUUGUCAGUGACAAUAUUGAACUCCCAUUUGAGGGGAUGGUGGAUUACUCAGAAUUCUCAGUUUUUGUGGCAGUUAAUGAUGCCUUAAAACCAAGAUGGCUUGUGGAUUAUCUUAAAAGAAUUUCUGAAAAGCGGAGAAAUGAAUUUCGCCAAAAAAUGGCCAAGGUUCAGCCAAUGUUAGAGUAUGACAAUGGCCAUCCUGGCGGUAUUGGACCAGUUCCUCCAGAUGGUGCAGUGAAUCACAUGUGGAGAAAGGUCCAGCAAAAAUUGCCCAUGAUUAAGGAAACCAUUGUUAGAGAUAAGAGAAAACCUGCAGGAGUAUCAAUUCCCUUGCGGUGCCAUUGUACCUGAAUCAAUAACAGCUUCUUCAAUUUCUUUUUCCCCUUGUAUUGCAAUAGUUUUAUACACGAUUUGACAUUCCACACCAGAAAAUAUGUAUUCAUGUGCUAUCAUAUAAAAUGUGCACGAUUAGUUUCAUUGAAAA